AAGGCCUGGACGUGGAUCACUCACCAGUUAUAGCUUCUUCUACUUUGUGGUGAAGGAAAACUGAAUCCCGGUCCCAGCUGAUCAAGCCAUGGCCAUGAGGGCUCUCGCACUGCCCCACUCACAAAGCUCCACAUUUGGGCUUCACCAGAGCUUGCCAUCCUUCAAGCCAAGCAGCGCCAGUACAAGAUCAGUCAGGGCCUAUGCAAAAUCAGAUGAAGAGGAGGAGAAGGUGCCCAAGCAGUCCUUGUUUGGGAGCAUCACAGAGGCGCUGGACUUCUCGCAGGUCCGCUCGGAGAAGGAUGCGGAGCUGCUGUAUGAAGCCAGGGAUUCCAUUAAAGAAGAAGGGAAGAUGACAAGGGAGCAGUAUGCUGCCCUUCGGAGGAAGAUUGGUGGCACCUACAAGGAUUUCUUCAAGUCAUAUGUUGAUGUUGAUGGGGAAUAUGUGGAGGAAGGUUGGGUGGAUAAGACCUGCAAAGUUUGCAAGAAAGACACAAGGGGGGAGCCACGGCAAGUUGACAAGCUAGGAAGAUAUGUUCAUGUCGCUUGCGCGGAGAACUCAAAACCGACAAACUUCUUCGCCAAACUCUUCGGCGGAUGAACUUCUUUUGUACUACCAAACGCAUCGUUUUGUGUCGUGGUUAGAUAAAUAGAUGGGUGUUAUAGCCUCAAGGGAUUAGAACAGUAUUAUGUGCCAUUUGAAAUCCUAUUUAAGGAGCAUAUGCACAUUCUAUAAUUCCAUUUCUUUGAUGAAUCAAAUUAGCACAUGAACAAAGCCA